AUGACCUAUGACUACACCAUCGAGCCUCACAGGCCCGACGUCCUCGUUGACCUCAUCGAGCGCAUGAUGAACGAGUUCUCUCUCGCGCCUUCCUUCCCCGGGUUGCAAUUCAAGAAAAUCGCCCGUCGGUGGCGCAAGACCAUCCGAGACGUCGGCUACGUCCCCUUCCAGUUUGUCCAGCGCCAGAUGGAGGCCGGCCGGGCCAAGACCUCGUACAUAUCCAAGGCCAUCGAGUCCUUUGUCACCGUGAACGACGCCCCGGGUGUCCCGCAGCUGAGCUAUGAGGACGCAGAGUGUAUCGUCUGGACAGCGGCGAGCCUCUACGGCGGGGCCUCGGACACGACUGUUGUUGUCCUGACCACCUUCACCCUGGCCAUGAUUCAAUGGCCCGAAGUCCAGCGCAAGGCGCAGGAAGAGAUUGACCAGGUGUACUCGUCCCCGGAGGUCUUUGACCCAGAGCGCUUCCUGAAGUCGCGAGACGAGCCGGAUCCAGGGAGCGAUGCUUUUGGGUACGGACGCAGGGUCUGUCCGGGCCGACAUUUUGCUGAUGCGAGCAUCUACCUCAACAUUGUCCAGGUCUUGGCCACAUUCAACAUGGAGCACGCUGUCGAAGCAGCGGGGAACAAGAUUCCAGUCCAGGUCCAUGGUACGCAUGGCAUCUUGAAUCAUCCAUCCAAGUUCCGCUUCAAGGUGUCACCCCGCAGCGCGCAGCAUGAAGAGCUGAUCCGCAAGGUCGGAGUAGAGCACCCCUGGGAGAAGAGUGAUGCAUCGCUCCUUGGUGGGGACGGAUGGGCGUGA